AUGAACUCUGUCGAACCUGCUAGAAACCAACAAGUCUUGGAACUUGCACCCCUGCUUCUUUGCACCGAGCCUAAAUGCUACUACAUGGUUCUCAGGACUCCAGGGACUGUGGAUUGCACGCUGUGUGACUUUGCACAUGUCCAUCAAGCAAGCUGGAGUGAACGGAAUCUCCCUGAUAUACUUUACGGACCCAACCGCACGGCGAAUAUCCAGGCAGAGGGGCCUGUCAUGCAGACUCUCGCGAAAAUAUUUGGGAAGAGAAUCAAUCAUUUCCCUGAACUUCCUUGGCACAUUUCGUCCAAGGUGGAGGGAUGGCGUCUCGAAGCAUGGUUUCGUACCGACGAUCGAAUCACGGCGAGUGAUAUUAUGGACCGUAUCCAUCCCAAGUACAGACAAGAGAUUAGCCCUGCAAUCAUUGACCAACGCCGGGAGUCCUUCCUGCGCGAAUUCGACUCCCUCUUUUGGGAACCGUCGCCUUUGGACAGAGCGCCUAUGGCAUACCAGACAGUUCGACAUGAUGGAGUCAUGAGAUAUGAUGAGAAUGAAAUACUUAACUGCACAGGCAGAUUAACUGACAAUUCAAAUCUCAACCUAGAGAAUGGCGGCGCCAUUCCGCCUAUAGCAGGUCCUUUGACAAAUGCGGGCCAGUCGGAGGAGCAAGCGGUUCAAACUGAUGGCCCUCCCCUUAUCGCAAACUUGUACUCAAAUCGACUGGUGCCGCCUCGCGAUUCAUAUUACCGCUCAAUAGCUGCGGUGCCCCCAAGUCCCAACGGGAUACGUGUAUCGCAUGCUGAACACCCCGAGUCUCGCGAGUCGCAAAAUCCGCGGCCUAAUUAGAGGCCGGACGAAAAUCAGGGGCACUACUCUUUCUUUACGGAUUAUGGCUUCGCAUCCAACUGUUAAAUUGGUAUUCUUUGCCAAUUUAUCAUUUUUGCGCUCCUUCGUUUCGCAGUCUUUUGGUUUCAUUCGUUGGUGGGCUUUGGCUGUCGGUUUGCUCUCAAUUUACUGCCCACUGCUGGCCUCGGCAAAAACGCAUGACUGGGCUUUUAUGCCGAACUGGGUUUAUUACUUAUGAGUCUUCUGUAUGUAACUAUUGGUAGAAGGAAAAGGGAAUUAG